GUCCACAAGCCCAGGGCCUGAUUGGGACGCAGCUCUGACAGCCCUGUCCGCCAUGUCCAGCAUGCUGUUCGCCUGGGCUCUCCUUGCCCUCCUGGGGUUGGCAGCCCCCUGCAGCUUCGUCGUGCCCCGCAGCGAGUGGGAGGCCCUGCCAUCUGAGUGCUCCAAGACCCUGCAGCAACCAGUCCGCUACGUGGUGAUCUCGCACACAGCAGGCAGCAUCUGCACCAGCCCGGCCUCCUGUGAGCAGCAGGCUCGCAAUGUGCAGCAUUACCACAUGAGCUCGCUGGGCUGGUGUGACGUGGCCUACAACUUCCUCAUUGGAGAGGAUGGUCAUGUCUAUGAAGGCCGAGGCUGGAGCAUCAAGGGUGACCACACAGGGCCCACCUGGAACCCCUUAUCUAUCGGCAUCACCUUCAUGGGCAACUACAUGGAUCGGCUACCCCCAAGGCGGGCCCUCCGUGCUGCCCAGAAUCUUCUGGAAUGUGGGGUGUCUCAGGGCUUCCUGAGAUCCAACUAUGAGGUCAAAGGACACCGGGACGUGCAGAAAACACUCUCUCCAGGCAACCAGCUCUAUGAUCUUAUCCGAGGCUGGGCACACUACCGAGAGUGAGACCUUGAGACCUUGCAGAGCCACCACCCUGAAAGUCCUCCUGCCACCUGCUCCCUUUCCCACCCCAUCUAUCGGCCCAGUGAACCCACUAAUAAAGAUGUAGCACCAA